AGAGUUCGACGAGGAAAUCCGGAGCAGUCACGACCGUCACUAAGGUGGAGACAAUUACAGAGAAACCCAAAGUUGCACCUAAAUUAUCACCCAUAUCCGAGCUCAAAGCGGUUUGGAAAACUAAUGUAGCGAAGAGUUUGCCUGUAAAGAAGCUAAAAAUUGAUGCUAAAACGCCCGCUAUAGCGAUAAAAGACGUACCAGAGUCGUCAGCGCUCGUGGUUAAGAAAGUGGUCAAGCCCCCGGCCGAUUGGCAGAGGAUAUGGGAUCUUAUUUGGGAACUGAGGGCUGACAGGACUGCCGUAGUAGAUUAUAUGGGUAGUGAGGCCAUUUCUGAAGCCGAUCUCCCGAAGGACGUAAAAGACUUUCAG